GGUUGAUUAAGUUAAAGCCCAAGUCCAAUCCAAGAUCCGAUUUGUCCACCACCGCCUUAAAGGCAGUUUUAGAUCUAUCUAACGUAGCAUCUACCAAUUUCCUCGGUUCAUCACCACUGUGCUCUCUCUCUAUCUCGCGCUCGCAAUGCCAGCGACUGACGCAGACUUGGAUCUCCGACCUUCUGUUCACUCCGCCUUCUCUAUAGGAGAGUAUACAUUUGCGGAUGCUGGAAACUUGGAGCACUGUGCGAAGUACUUGAACCAGACGCUCGUUACCUUCGGCUUUCCAGCUUCUCUCGAUCUCUUUACCAAUGAUCCGGUUUCGAUCGCGAGGACUUGCAACUGUAUAUAUUCAUUGCUGCAGCAAAGGCAGCGCGACAUUGAAUUUAGAGAGUCUGCUAAUGAACAAAGACAACGAUUAUUAUCAGAUAUAUCCAGAUUAGAGGCAAAAGUUGAGAGGCUUGAUGCACAGUUGCAAGCCAAAGAUAGAGAGAUCGCAACAAUUACCAGAGCGGAAGCCAAAAGUACAGCAGCUUUUAAAGCGCAGGUUGAGAAGCUACAGCAAGAACGGGAUGAAUUUCAGAGGAUGGUGAUUGGUAAUCAGCAAGUGAGAACUCAACAAAUACAUGAAAUGAAGAAGAAGGAAAAGGAGUACAUAAAGUUGCAGGAGAGACUGAACCAAGUCUUAAUGGAGAAGAAGAAGGAAUCAAGAUCAGGAAUGGAGAUAAUGAAUUUGCUUCAGAAAGAAGGGCGGCAACGUGGGACUUGGAAUGGCAAGAAGGCAGACAAUGAUUUCUAUAAAAAGAUUGUGGAUGCUUAUGAGGCAAAAAAUCAAGAAUUAAUGGCCGAAAAUGCUGAUUUAAGAGCAUUAUUGCGAUCAAUGCAGGUGGAUAUGCGUGAUUUCUUUAAUGCUCCUAAUGGGUUGCCAAAGCAAUCUUUGCCUGUCAGCGAAAGACAGGAAAAUGAUCCAUCACAAUCUCCAUUGGGUGGGAGGACGGAUGUCUUUGAUCUUCCUUUUCACAUGGCUAGGGAUCAAAUAGAAGAAAGUCUUCGCACAAAGAUGGCUUCUAUAAAAGAGCGCAUGGUUCAAUUACAAGAUGCGCAAAAGGGUGCAGAAGUCACUUCUGAAGCGACAGAGAGGGAACUUGAGCUUGAAGCUCAACUUGUUGAAGCAAGGAGCAUAAUCCAGGAGCAGGCAUCCAUUAUGUCCAGACAUCUGUCUAAAGUAGAAAGACCAAGGGAAUCUAUUAUUUCAUCACCAGCUGAGGGGGUAUAACCCAGGAAGCCUAACGUCCAUGUCUGAAUUAUCGGAUUAAGAUCAACUGAAGUUGGUCCUUUUGAAAAAUAUGUGUGGCAGUAAGCAAGCUUGUAAACUUGAGAGUGCAGUAUGGUCUAUUCGGCUCGUAGAAACUACAUUACGGCUUUCUUCUAAAGCUCUAGUGUCAAUGUACUUAGUGUCUUUAGGCAUUUUCAGCUGUAUUUGUAUGCUUAUAGUUGCUUAGUAAGAUUUCUUUAUGCAUUGUAUCAUUCAUUCUAGUUUUAAUUAAAAGAACAAAGCCUAUUGUCUAUUGAGGAAUGUUGUAGCGCUUCAGGCUAGCAGUGCAGAGCAAUAGGUUUUUUGCUUCAAAUUCGUCCUUGAAAGAACGAAAGUAAGUUUUAGAGUCUUACUCCUGAGGUCAAUCAGGAAUGCAAGGCUGGUUUCUCCGUUGCCAUGGAAGUUUGCAUUUGCUGCAACAAUUGGUAUCGCGUGUUUUUGUCAAAUAAAGUCUUUAGCCGAUGUUUUGUGCAUGACGCUUGAAAAGAAUGGCAGGCAAGGGGUUUACCUCUUAUCAUAUACCAAGCACUAGCC